UCGCCUCCUGAGCUCCCACGUUGAGCUGCACGUUUCUGUUUUGGUUCUUGCAUCGAUCUGAUCUGAGGGUGUUAUUAACGACACAGAUCGGUGUUUAUUAUAGUAACUGAUUUAAUUAUUCUCCUACAGGCUGUGUGGGGUCCUGCUAUGAAGAUCAUGAAGAGACCAAACAUCCUGAUCACAGGGACGCCAGGGGUUGGGAAGACCACCCUGGGGAAGGAACUGGCCGAGAGGACCGGACUGACCUACGUCAGCGUUGGAGAUCUGGCCCAGGAAGGUCAGCUGUUCGACGGCUUUGAUGAGGAGUACCAGUGCCCCAUUUUGGACGAGGACAGGGUCGUGGAUGAACUGGAGGACAAGAUGGCGGAGGGGGGCGUUAUUGUGGACUACCACGGCUGCGACUUCUUCCCCGAGCGCUGGUUCCACAUCGUGUUCGUCCUCCGCACGGACAACACCAACCUCUACAACCGACUGGAGAGCAGGGGCUACACGGCCAAGAAGCUGCAGGACAACGUCCAGUGCGAGAUCUUCCAGACCAUCUACGAAGAGGCCAUGGAGGCCUACAAGCAGGAGAUCGUCCACCAGCUGCCCAGCAACGAUCCCGAAGACCUGGAGAGCAACCUGGAGCAGAUAUCCCAGUGGAUCGAGCAGUGGAUGAAGGACCAUAACUGACCCCAAAAAAAUACUUACAGACUCUCGGGUGGGACUUCAGGUCACGGGUUUUGGUCUUUAGGUCUUCAGGAGGCUCCUGUUGGGAUGUUCAGAGUGGAGAAAACGUCUCACAUAAGCCCUGUAUCGAUUUGUAUGAGAAUAAUAAUAAAUAUUUUGUACCCCU